AUGGAUGCAUUGUCAGACGAAGACAGGAUGGAAGAUCAAGAUGAUGGUGCGGGGGAGAGAGCAAGAGAUGCUGCGGGAGAUCGGCGAAGUGAAGAAGUGCCUCAGGCAUUCCGAGAAGAAGACCAUCUAGUGCGCCAAAUUCAAGAUGCCGAGAACGGGAAAGGAGAACAAGACGAUGUUCAAGCCGAUGUCGAUCGGAGUGAUGAAGGGGACGUCGUUGAUGACGCCACAAAAUCCACGGCAUCUGAAGCAGUAGAAGACCUACUAAAUGAGAUCAAGACAAAUUGGGGUAUCGACACGCUAAAAAAGCUGAUGGUACCAGGGAUCAAUAAGAACGGGAACCCUGAGGAUACGUGGCUUUCUGGGGAAACGGACAUCGCGGAUGAAGAGUGGGAAAUGAACACUUUGCGCCUCUUCCGAAACUUAUCCCGUUUGACACAAGGUGAAUACAACAAAGCAAAAGAUGCAUUGGCCAAGAAGCUGAGUUACAGAAAGCAUAACGAAAACGGUGGGAGGACUGGAAGUGACAGAUCGAUAGAAAAAGAGCCUAGGUUGCGCAACGAUUUGAGAGAGGUGAACUCGUCUUUUAAGCAAAAGAAAUGGGAAGCAGAAGAUGAGGGUGACAAUACAGAUGAAGAGCCGACAGGGCCUAAGAAGAAUAAGAGGCAGAAGAGGAAGAGCUCUGCAUCUAUAGACGAUGAUGACGAUCUAUACAUUCGCGAAGACGAGAUCUGGAAGAAGGGUAGAAAGAGAAAGCACAGCAGUAAAGUGCCAGGUGAAGAAAAUAUAGGCCAUCUCGGACUGCAACAACACGAUCCAGUUGAAUCUAGUCCAAGCCCGAAUCUGGUACCUCCAGUCGAUCCACGCGAAGAGAAUGGCGAGAAAGGCAAGAACAUAAAGGCAAGCACCAAGGAAAAGGCGAAGGCAACGCCAAAGCGAAAGCGAAAUGGGAAGAAAGACGACAACAUUGAUAGCACUCCCAGUGAAUCUCCUACAGCAAACACGAUACAAAGCGCAGAGGAGCGAGACACCGCACUCGAACGCAUCAACGAGAACUUGGGAACCACUUCGCUUCUUGAAUACUUGCCAGCAGGCCUACAUCCAAUUGGUGUAAAUAACGAUGCAGAACUGGACUUGGGAAUCAUCGCCCGAAUGCUUGAUCUCUCCAGCGCUGCUACAACAGAAGCGCAACGCAACGCGUUGAGGCAAGCGUUGGUAGAACAAGUAGCAGGAAGGACAGGCAUUAGUACCGAAGCCAUCUGUGCCGAUAUUGCACUAGCUGGUGAGCAGUAUCAUUUGGAAGAACAAGCGAAGAUCAACAACCGAAGUAGUUCGUCAUUCCCGCGCUCCGCUCGCCAGUCGCAGGCAGAGUCACUAACUUUACGGAGGCCGGGAUUGCGCAGUCAGAGUCGACAAGAAGUUCCUCCGGUCACCAAUCAACCAGCUGAAGCAGCCCAGGUUCCUCAUACGACACUCGCAUCUGAACCAGGUGUAUCUCCAUCUUCCCGUGAUCAACCGAAACUUCCUGUUGUAGCUGUGGACAAGGCCACGGAUAGUCAAACUCGACGCGGCGCUAAACUUGGCAGAAAGAAUGAAGGUACAACUCAACAGCUGACGAGAAGGACCCAACAACAAGGAGGGCACAAUCUCGUCCCACACGAUCCUCCGGAGCCACCAACAUACCCAUCAGGCCAACAAUUCUUUCCCCAAGCCUCAGUCCAGUUGCCAAACCCACCGCUUCCACCUGCGCACCUCCAUAUAGAGAAUUCCGAUACGGCAUCCAGACGACGCGAACUUGAUGACACGAGACGAAGAUUCCGUGAAGCGGAAGCUGCGGAGGAAAACUUUGAUGCAGAAGUUCGACGGACUCAGACAAGAGAUGAGAACGCCGUCAUCCGGAGAGAGAACGCGCGUCGUGAAACCGAGCGUCGUCGAGUGGAAAUGGAAUUAGCUGAAAAAGCAAUCAGAGGGGAUGAUGCACAAGUUGGGUUUGAACACCACGCAGAGCCUAGAGGCGCAUGA